ACGUACCAGUGGAAUUGUUAUCACACUUUAAACCGGAAAGGGAGAGAAUUCCCAAAUCGGCGGCGUAAUCGCCGGGUAGAGGAGAAGAAAAGAGCGAUGGAGAAACCGCCGGCGAGCAGUUGGAGCAUCCACACGCGGUCGGAGAUCGUGGCGAAGUACGAGAUCUUUGAGCGUGUCGGCGCCGGAACUUACGCCGAUGUCUACAGGGCGCGGCGAAUCGCCGAUGGACUCACGGUGGCCCUCAAGGAGAUCUUCGACUACCAGUCUGCGUUCCGCGAGAUCGACGCCCUCACCCUCCUCCGUGGCUCCCCCAACGUCGUCGUCAUGCACGAGUACUUCUGGCGCGAGGACGAGAACGCCGUCCUCGUGCUCGAGUUUCUCAAGACCGAUCUGGCAGCGGUGAUCCGCGAGGCCAAGAAGCGGAGGAAGAACGGAGGUGAUGGGAUCCCGGUCGGGGAGAUCAAGAGAUGGAUGAUUCAGAUUCUCGCCGGCGUCGAUGCGUGCCACAGGAAUAUGGUCGUGCAUCGAGAUUUGAAGCCUGGGAAUAUGUUGAUUUCUGAUGAUGGUAUCCUUAAGCUCGCCGAUUUUGGUCAGGCGAGGAUACUCAUGGAUCCGGGAUUUGUUCCAUCGGAGGAAAACCAACAAGUGGAAGACAAAGAUGGUGGAACAAUCACUGGACCACCAGAAGUCAUUCCUGAAUGCGAGACUUCAUCCCAGAAAGGAUGUGAUGAUGGCCACAAACAAGAACCCGUGAGUAAAGACGAGUAUUUCAGACAGAUAGAAGAGCUCAAGGCUAAACGGGUUGUAGAAGACGAUACUGAUAAGGAGUCAAACCUGCAUGAUGGAGACACAUCUUGUCUCGCUACUUGCACUGUUAGUGAUUUAGAAGACGAUGAUCUCCGUAGGACUUCUUUUUCAUAUGACGCCGACGAAGUAUGGGAUGAUGGCACACAAGGUUUAAUGACAUCAUGUGUGGGAACUCGUUGGUUUAGGCCACCUGAACUGCUCUAUGGAUCUACAAAAUACGGUCUAGAGGUUGAUCUGUGGUCGCUUGGUUGUGUGUUUGCAGAGCUCUUAUCUCUCGAGCCUUUAUUUCCGGGAAUUUCAGAUAUUGAUCAGAUUAGCAGAAUUAUCAAUUUGCUUGGCAAUUUAACUGACGACGUGUGGCCGGGUUGUGUCGAACUUCCUGAUUACAACACAAUCUCUUUCGCUAAGGUAGAAGCUCCUGCUGGAGUAGAAAGUUGUCUUCCCAACCAUACUGCCGAUGAGAUAUCUAUGGUCAAGAAACUCAUCUGUUACAACCCGGCAAGAAGAUCUACUGCUUCGGAGUUGCUGGAUGAUAAAUAUUUCACUGAGGAGCCUCUUCCUGUCCCGGUAUCAGAGCUCCAUGUCCCUUCGACAAGGAGUGGGCAAGAUGAGGAUUCUCCUGGCGAGUGGCAUGAUUACAGAGAAAUGGAUUCUGAUUCAGAAUUUGACAACUUUGGACCUGUGAAUGUCAAGGCGACGAGCGGUGGAUUUACAAUAGAAUUCCCUUGACCCUGAAUGGCGUUAAGAUCAACAAAGAGUUGAUCCUCAUCUUCUUCCAGAGGAGGUUAAGAUCAGACAUCUCUAUAGAAAGAAAAAAAAACGCAUAUUCAGGUGGCCCUUCUUCCGUAGAGAGAGAUUUCUCGUCAAAUUCUUUUUCCCGGAGAGAACUGCUGUGUUGUGUUUUGGUUUUUUUCCCUUACAGAAACCCAUAUCAUAUCCCAUAAGUCUUGUUGUCUCCUUAGACGACAUUACUUUCAGUUCGUCCUGUUUGGCUUUGUUUGAUUUGAACCAGGAAGCCUAUCUUGCAUACAUUUAAAAAAAAAUAAAAUUAUGUAAUAUACCUAUGUAUGCAUAUUUCCGUAUAUGCAAUCCUGUCUUUCUUCAAAUAAUCUUGUAUUAUGGCUUAA